AUGUCCCAAGAUCAAAAUGAUCAUAGUCAAUAUACUAAUAACAAAUCGACUAUAUUUAUGGAUAAUGUAAAAGACUACAGUAAAGGAGUAGCCUAUGUAAUAGGAAAGGGUGUCGACAUUGUAUCACCAUAUAUUCCGUUAUUCGACAUUGCAGUGAAAUUGAUUAAAGAAAUUAUUGAUAUUUACGAUGCAACGCAAUAUAACAGAAAUACAUGUGAAAGGUUAAUGGAACGUGUGAUUGACGCCCAAGGAGCAAUCGAAAAAUUGAGGAGAACAAAGAAAUUUAAUAAAGAAAAGUCCGGAGAUCAAAAAUUCUAUAAUACCUUUCAAAGAUUUACAAAUAUUUUAGAAAAAAUUAAGGGAUUCGAAGAGGAAUUAUCAAAAAUGGGAAAUUUUAGAAAGAAACUUGAAGCAGUUUUAAUUAAAGAAAAGUUUAUAAGUCUAACGGAUGAGUUUGAUACAACAAUGAGAGAUUUAAACUUUAGUGUGUUGGUUGAUAAUGAAGCACAGAGAAAAAAAGAUUUUGAAAGUUUAGAAGAGGAUAUUGAAGAAAUGAAGAAGAUUCUUAUUUACACUCAAGAUGUUGUCAUCGAUAAAAUUGAGAGAGUUGGGCAAGAAGUUCUGUUGAUGAAAUCGCAGUCGGGAGAUAAAUCAGUAUUUAAACCAACAAAAAUAGAAACCGACCAACUGCACAUUUGCGACCAAUCUGACGAAAGAAUUAAAAGAAUAUAUAAGCAUAUUGACGUCGAAUGUAAACCUAUAGAUCUUAGUAAAGAUGUAGGAGUUCAGACAUAUUUAGCAAUCUUAGGGAAGUUAGGAAUAAGUCCAUAUAUCCUUAAGUUUUAUGGAUUAUCUAAAAUCGAGGGAAAUGAUGUUCAAGUUUUAGAGUGGGCAGAGUUAAAAUCUUUAAAAGAUCUUUAUGAGAAGCAUGACAUUGGAUGGGAGACAAAAAUAAGUUUAGCUCGGGACAUAUGUCGUGGAAUUGCAUUUUUGGAUUCGAUGAAUGUAUAUCAUCAUGACAUUCGUUGCGAAAAUAUUAUGUUAACCAAGUUUUAUGAGCCUAAGAUCGCAAAUUUCAAUAUUGCUCGUGAGUUUAAUGAUAUAUCUAAGGAAAUUCCGGAUCUAAACAUCUUGCGUUGGAUGGCACCUGAAAAAAUGGAAGAAAAAACUUAUAAUACAAAAUGUGAAAUUUUUAGCUUUGGAAUGAUGCUCUGGGAACUUUCAUUUGAAAAAUACCCAUACAACAAAUAUAAUAACGAUAAAGAUGCUCUCGACAAAAUAAGAAAACAUGUAACAAGUGGCCAAAGAGAAAAACUUGUUUUUGGUAGAGCGAAAGACGAAAAGGAAAAAGAAAUUCAGCAAACAUUGGCAGACAUUAUCAGAUACGAAGAGUCAGCUAAAAAACAUGUUAAGCCUGGUUCUUUGCCACAAAUAUUUCCUGAUAAGAUACUAGAUUUAGAUGGCGAAAAUUAUUCUGAAGAUUUUGAAGAAGAUUUUGAUGACUGCUCUAUUGUCAAUUAUAAAAAGAUAUCACCGGAUGAGAUUCAAGAAUUUAUUAAAUACUUAACGAUGGCUGCUGAUAAUGGAAAUCAUGUAGCGUUAUAUAAUCUAGGUAAUAUAUACGUAAAUGGAAAGUUUAGCGUUGAAAUAAAUCAUGAUCUUGGAAUUAGUAAAUUAAAAUUAGCUGCUUCAUGUGGAAAUAAUGAUGCAAAAAA